AUGGGUUUUUCUAUAAUUAACUGUUUGUUUUUCCCUUUUAAACAGGGAAUCAUUAGCAGAGUGACAGAAUCAGUGAAAAACAUUGUACCAGGAUGGUUGCAGAAGUAUUUCAAUAAAAGUGAAGAUGAAUGUGUAGAUACAAAUGAAUCUACAAACCAGGAAGAGAAUCCGGUAAAUUUUCAUCAUGAUUAUCCAGAUGAAGAUACCAUAGUGAUUGAUGGGAGAGUCACGCCUGAAUCAGCAAGAAUUAAUUUAGAAGAACCAUCCACGAGUAGAUCUGCAUUAAACUUUUCGGAUGUGUUAACAAGGCCCUCCCUUCAUCGGAGCCAUUUGAACUGUACCAUGUUGGAUUCCACAGUACCACACUGUCAGCCCUCUACAUCUUCUGCACUUGGCAUCGGCAGUCCUGGACUCUCUCUUGUAAAAGAAAUAAAAGAUUCUACCUCUCAGCAUGAUGAUGAUAACAUCUCAACAACUAGUGGCUUCUCCUCUAGAGCAUCUGAUAAAGAUAUAGCAGUUUCAAAAACUACAUCGGCUCCACCGCUAUGGUCCACAGAGGCUGAAAGAUCUCAUUCCCUCUCACAGCACACUGCAGCUAGUUCUAAAAAACCUGCAUUCAACUUGUCUGCUUUUGGAGCUCUCUCUCCUUCACUUGGAAACACUUCUGUGUUUAAGACAAGUCAGCUUGGGGAUUCUCCGUUUUACCCUGGAAAAACAACUUACGGUGGUGCAGCUGCCUCAGCGAGACAGACGAAGGUGCGAAUUGCUCCUUAUCAGACACCAGUAAGAAGACAAAUGAAAGCUAAACAAGCAAAUGUGCAAUCCUAUGGUGUGACAAGUUCCACAGCACGGCGCAUCUUGCAGUCUUUGGAGAAGAUGUCAAGUCCUUUGGCGGAUGCUAAAAGGAUUCCAUCUUCUGUUUCUACUCCACUAUCUUCUCCUGUGGACAGGAGUGUGCUGGAUACUACUGGCUUCCAUUCAAAUAGAAAACAGAUGGAAACUCAGCAUCCGCCUGUCCAGAAACUUGUGACACCAAAGGCAAUCUCUCUGUCAAUGAGUCGGACUCAGUAUUUUAAACCGUCUUUGACUCCAGCUACUGAUUCCAGUAAAGUUCGUCAGAGAGUAGACAUAAAGCACAAAGGAAUGAGAGAGAAGAGUUCGCCUGCAGAACAACGACUAGAACCACCUGAAAGCAAUUUGACAUACCCCAAAUUCAGUACUCCUGCAUCCAAUGGUCUGUCUUUGGGAGGAGGAGCAAGUGGUGGUGGAAAGCUGAGAAGGGAAAGAGGAGUACAUUAUACAAACUAAAAUUUACAACUUCAGGAAGUGGAGGAACCAGUACUCCCGAAAAUAUCUUUACCCAUCAGUACGACGUCGUUGCCUCAGUUCAGUUUUAGUUCUCUUACCAGCAACGCUGUCUCAUCAUCACCAAGCACUGUUUCAACAUCAGUGAUGAACAAGGUACAACUAGUAAGUAAUGCUGGCAGUCCUGUGUUCAGAUUUUCAUCUCCAAUUGUAAAAUCUACUGAGGCAGAAGUGCUACCUCCAUUGUCUAUUGGGUUUACAUUUAGUGUUCCUGUUGUAAAAUCAGCAGAGCUUUCUGGAUCCAUUGAUACUCCAGUGACAUCCCUACUUACCCUAGAAACCACCACUGUAAACAGCACCAGCAAUAAGAAGGAAGAAAACAAAGAAGAGUACGAUGGCCCCUUCAAACCUGCAAAAGUCUUAAAGGAAGGGAGUGUGUUAGAUAUUCUAAAAAGCCCUGGCUUUGCUGCUCGGAAGCCCGACGCCUCCACGGCCGCCCAGCCUGUUACCACGAGCCCGGUGGUCUACACUAGGCCCGCGAUAAGCAGCUUUUCUGCGAGUGAGGAGAGCUCCCCACAAGCCCCGUCAUCUUGGCAGUCUGAUACGUGCGACCCAUGUCUGCAAAACAAGGCCCCGGAGGGCAAGUGUGGAACUUGUCAGGCGACUAAAGCACCGGCAGCGGAGAGCCCCAAACAGGCGGUGGGCUCGAGCCCCAGCAGCAUCUCCAAGCCCACGGGUCCCCCGGCAGCGCCCCUGGGCUUUGGAGACAAAUUCAAGACGGCGCCUGGCACGUGGGACUGCGACACGUGCCUGGUGCAGAACAAACCCGAAGCCACCAAAUGCGUCGCGUGCGAGACACCAAAGUCCGGCACGGGAGUGACGCCCGCUCUGACGCUGCCAGCGGCCAUGGACACCUCGGCCACAGUGACGUCCUCCUCCAGCAGCACCGAGCCCACGGUCACUCUGGGCUUUGGAGACAAGUUUAAGAAGCCCAAGGGCUCCUGGGACUGCACUGUGUGCUUUGUGCCCAAUAAGGCAGAAGACAACAAGUGCGUGGCCUGCGAGUCUGAGAAACCAGGGAGCUCAGUGCCUGUGACCAGUAGCAGUGUUUCUGCCUUUUCUGCUGCUUCUGGUGGAUUGCUGGAUUUGGAGAAAUUCAAGAAGCCUGAAGGAAGCUGGGAUUGUGAGGACUGCUUCGUCACAAACAAGCCAGAAGCCACAAAAUGUGUAGCCUGUGAAAAAGCAAAGCCAGGCACCAAAGCAGAGCUCAAAGGGUUUGGUGCUGCUCCUGUGUCCUCAAAUGCUGUGACACCAUCAUUUACAUUCGGUAUUCAGUCAUCGUCCUCUGACUCUGCUCAUACAUCAGGUAGCCCAAGAAAUUUUGCAUUUAGAGAACAAGGGAGCUUCAAGUUUGGUAUUUCUUCUGAAUCUGCAUCCUCCAACACUGGGACUGAGGGGUUUAAGUUUUCUAGCAGUUCAGGGGACUUCAAGUUUGGAGUUUCUUCCUCAGACUCCAAAUCAGACGAUGUUAAGAAAGAAGAGAAAACCAACACUUUUACCUUUGGACUUCCAUCUACAAGCAACCAGGCUCCUUCAACGUUUCAGUUUGGGACAAGUAGCCUGGGACAGCAGGAAAAGAAAGAGGAACCAGUCUUGGGAGGCUUCAAUUUUGGCACAAGUUCUACUUCUUCCAUAGCUCCUACUGAGAAUAAGACAGGAGUCAGUGGCUUCAACUUUGGAACCGUGGCAGAAAAGGAGGUUGCAUCGGCUUCUUUUGCAUUUAAGAAGUCUGAUGAGAAGAAGGAUGAAACUUCUAACACGAAGGCAGGCUUUUCUUUUGGCAAUGUGGAGUCCACACCUUCCUCGCAAUUUGUUUUGGGAAGGACAGAGGAGAAACAGGACUCUGUCACUUCUGCUGCUACACUAGUGUUUGGAAAGAAAGCUGACAAUGAAGAGCCAAAGGUGCAGCCUGUCUUUUCAUUUGGGAAGCCUGAGCAUACCAAAGAAGAGAGCACCACAAAAUCUACAUUCAAUUUUAGCUUCAUAAAACCAUCAGGGAAGGAAACUGAGCAGGCAAAGCCAGCUUUCACAUUUGGGGCACAAACCAGUACUUCAGACCAAGGAGCAGCAAAACCGGCCUUCAGCUUCUUGAGCUCCAGCUCCUCCAGCCCGGCUCUGCCCACAUCCUCAGCCAGCAGCAGCAGCGUGUUUGGCAGCUCCACGGCUUCCUCGAACCCGCAGCCCGCGCCCGUCCCAGCUCCCUAUGUGUUUGGACAAGGCAGCAGCACCGUGAGCAGCUCUGCUUUUGGCAAUUCUGUAGAAUCCGCAGCGACUCAACCGUUCGGCUUCUCCCAAGAAAGCAAAGCAGCGACCACAUCCUCAAGCACCGUCGCGGCCGUGGCUCCCUUUGUCUUUGGAUCUGGAGCCAGCAGUAGCAACGCAGCGAGUUCUGGCUUUACCUUUGGGGCCACGACGACAAGCAGCUCAACAGGGUCGUCCUCUUCGUUCGUGUUUGGCUCCGGCUCCUCGGCUCCGCCCGCCGGCCCAGCGUUUGGCACCUCUCAGCUGCCCGCCUUUGGCCAGAGCCAGGGCUCCGGCCAGCCGAGCGCGCCGGCCUUCGGCUCGGGGGCGGCCUCUGCCACCGGUCCUGUAUUCCAGUUUGGAAAUAGUGCUACUAAUUUCAGCUUCCCGAACAACCCCCGAGUAUUUACGUUUGCUGCCAACCCUGGCACGCCCACAGCACCGGCGCAGCCUUCUGGCUCUUCAGGAUUUUCCUACAACCAGCCUCCAGCAUUCACAGUGGGGACUAACGGCAAAAAUAUGUUCUCUGCCUCUGGAUCUUCAUUUUCUGGCCGGAAGAUAAAGACUGCAGUUAGACGUAGAAAAUAAUCGUCCUGAUUGGUAAAGCAACUUUGGAAAGAGCUGCUACCCUGCAUCCCCACCAUGGUUCUGCUGUUGGGAUUGUACCUCAUGCUGGGUUAGCUGAAGCCAGAUCCGCCGAAAGGAAUAUAAACCUCUGCUGCCCUUCCCUUCCCCUAUCCAUUUAGUUCUUUUGGUAACGAGUAGAGUUGGCAACAAGGCCAUUCUCGAGCAAAACUAUUUUAGAAUCCAGCAACUUACUUCUUUCCCUGACUUGGCAUGGUCUGGCUAUAGACACGAGUAUAGCCCGCACAGUGAAUGGCUUGUACGAUACCUCUUCAUCUGCACCCCUGUGUGCGCUCACCUGCAUUUACUGACGCCUCGAAAUUGUAAUUAUACCAGAGAGGGGGGCUGUAUAGAGUAGAGAAUGUGGGUAACGAAUGAUUUCUAUGCCGAGUUUGUGCUGGUGUAUGUGUGAAGUGAGUGAGUUUGGGUGUAUUGUGCACUAAAAUUUUCUGAUAGAGGAAGACUGAUUAAAGGAUGAUCCAUGCUAAGGACUUGUUAGAUCUGUAGUUCUCCAUUUAAUAAUUAUAUGCUAUUUCUAUAUUUUCAUUCUUACAGCCCUUUAUCACCUGUCUCGCCUUUGUUAUUUUAUUAUGGAACAUGUGUAAAUACAAUUUUGUUUCUCUAUGUACUUUUUGGCAUAACAAAUCUGUGAAAUUGAAAUUUUAAUUUUGUGUGUUACGGCCAUUUUUGUUUAGUAUUGUCUCAGAUUUUAUUAUGUAAAUCCCAUUAUUCAAAGUUGCCUAAAUCCAUUUAGAAAAUCUUUAAAAUUGGGAAUUCUUAAAGUAAGUUUAUUGGCUUUUCUGAUCCAUUUUUGUUUGGACCAAAAACCAGUAUUGUACAAAGUAUUAAGUAUAUAUUUUUAUAUUUACUGAAAUGGACUGUGGUGACUUUGGAUAAUAAGGAAAAGUUUAAUAUUAAAGCCAUGUUUAUUACAGUAUAAUUAACAUGUUAAACCAUGGGAUAAAUGCCAUCAAUAAAAACUCUGAAAUAUU